AUGGACACGAACACGGGCCUCACCCUCCUAAGCACCCUCCUCUCCCCGACCCCCCUCCUCCUCUCCUGGUUCACCUGGCUCAAGCCCUCGACAGCCCGGCCGCGCAUCCGCCACGACAUCCAGUACUUCACCAACCUCAUGGCCGCCAACCACGCCGCCGCCAUGCUGGAUCGUACCGCCUUGGUCGCGCCGGAAGAAUUGCACCGUGACCACGCGUUCGUGGAGGGUGGGUUUGGAAUUAACCCCGCUGCUGUUGGAAAUACAGGAGCUGCUGCGACGAGGAGGGUGCAACGGGAGAGGGUGAGCCCGGAAGAGGAGGCGAGGAGGUAUUUGGGAUGGGAAGAGAUGAGCAGGAGUGGGGAGGAAGAUCGAGAGAGGAGGGAGAAGGAGGAGAAGGAGAGAACUACUAGGGAGAAUCAAAGGGGGAGUGUGGCGAGAGUGGGAGAGGAAGAGACUGAUGUCGAGGCUGCGGACAGAGCUUGGGUGAGGAGUCAGCGGGCGGCUAAAAGGAGGUGUGUUGGCUAUGAUCAGAGUCCGAGUCCGGGUCCGGGUCCGGGUCAGGGUCAAAGUCAGCAGGGUGGGAGAGGAACUCGGAGUGUGUGGGCCGCGCCGGAGGCUGUACCACCAGCAUCUGGGAAGGCUUCGGGGCCGAGUGCGGUGGAUAUCGAGGCUCUUUGGGGACAAAUGCCCACUCCGGGCGCAAAGAGGGCUGCACAGUAG